UCAUUAUCAAUUAUAACCUAAAAUUUUGUAAGAAAAUGAUACAAAAUUAAAUUAGAAAAUAAAAAACUGUAUCUUGCCGUCGUACAGCGUAGGUACGGUACUUUAAGUUAUUGUUCCACCAAAAUCAUAAAAAAUGAAUCAAGCCGAUGUAACCAAAUUAGUUUCAAAGCUACGAAUUACAGUACCACCUGCACAUCGAAAGCUUAGGAAUGUAGAAGGACCCGAAGGAAGAUUAAAUAAGUUGCGUAAAACUGUUACAGGAUUAAUAAAGUAUGAACGCAUUGAGCUUAAUUACAAAAGAGGAGAUGAAGCCCGUCAAUAUGCAGAAAGGCUAAUAUCUGAAGCAAUUGUACACGGAGACUGUCAUAAGCCGACCAUGGAAAUGGCUGACUACUGGUUACUAGAAAAGGAGCUUGUCCAUAAAUUAUUCAAAGUUCUUGUACCAAGAUAUGAGAAUUGUAACACAACAUUUACAAGAAUGUACAAGGCUCCUCGACCCGCUUACGGUAGGCACAUUGAAAAAUCUGUCUUGGAAUUAAGAGGAAACCCAUUUCCGGCUUUGUGGAAUAAACAGGCCAAUAAUAGAUUACUCAUCCAAAAUAUCCUGUUGGAUGCAGCAAAGUAUGACUACAGGCAAGCAAAGUAUGCUGAAAUGGCAGAGAAAAUUGGAAAAAAUGAGGCCAAAAAUGAAGACACCAAACCACAAAAAGAUGCUUAGGUUUUUAUGUUAUUUUUAAGAUAAAAAAAGUAGGUAAAGUAAACAAAAAUGUUAUUAAAUAUUUGAGACAU